CUAAUAGUCUUAUGGUGCAUUCUUGAUAGUAAAGUGAGGUUAUUUUUACCACAUCCGACAUCGCACAUGUGCCGCACGCACGUCGUUGAACGCGAUCGAAUUUAAAUAAACGCGGUCGCAUGCGAUUAAACUGACCAAGUGCAGUCAAGUGAUUUACGAGUAAUCAAAAAUUAAGUGAGAAAAAAUUUGUCAUUUCGGUAUUUAUAUAUUAAUAUGUAUAGUAAACGCACGUGGAUGCGCGUGUAUAUGCGAUUCUUGUCGAUCCAUGUCUAAUUAUGCCCGCGAAUUGCAUAGCACCGGGUUGUACUUCUGGAUAUAAAUCAAAUCCAGAAAAAAUUCAUUUUUUUAUGGUGCCUAAAGACAAAAAUAUAUUCACUUUGUGGCAAAAUGCUACACGAAGAAAAGACAUUCGAGCAGGACAGUUUGUUUGCGAGAAGCAUUUUUUGGCCGAAGAUAUUCUGUGGAAACGAGAAAUCAAAGAUUCUAAUGGACACGUGCUCGGCAUUUCACCUUACAAAGUACCAAGAUUGCGAAAGGGGACUAUACCAUCGCAAUUUCCAUGGACAGAAAUUCCCAUAUCAAUGGAUAACAAUAACACGCCGCUGCAAGACACACCUCUUCAAGAAACAGCCCAUAAAUCUGAGCAAAAUGAUUUACAAGAGAUAAUAUCAGAUGAGCCAUCAAAAUUCUCUUUUACGGAUUUGUUUACGUGUACAUUGCGAAUACCAGUAAACUGGACUAGGCGUACUGUUGUCUACGAGGGAAUUGAAAUAGAGUCAUUUAUAAAUGUAACUUGUCGAAAAAUUGAAAACAAUUUCAUGACUUCAGUAUUGCAAAAAUUGUGGUACGCCUGUGUCGCAAUAAAUAAGAUCCCUAGUGGACCGCCAAUAGUAAUCACUUAUGGCUAA